AAAAAAAAAAAGGGAGAGAGAGCGAGAGCCGCGCCCUCGCCCGCUCGGCGAUCGGCAGCGGCAGCGGCGGCGGCGGGCAAGAGCCAAGCAGCGAGAUCCCGGCUCCGUCCAUUUCAAUCCCGGCGGAGCGGAGAAGAGAAGCGAGCUGCAGAGAGGCCUACAGAAGAUGACGGAAUACAAGCUUGUCGUUGUCGGGGCUGGUGGCGUGGGCAAGAGUGCAUUGACAAUUCAGCUCAUCCAGAACCAUUUUGUAGACGAAUACGAUCCUACGAUAGAGGAUUCUUACAGGAAGCAAGUGGUCAUCGAUGGCGAAACCUGCCUCUUGGAUAUUCUGGACACAGCUGGCCAGGAAGAAUACAGUGCAAUGCGUGACCAGUACAUGAGAACAGGCGAGGGGUUUUUGUGUGUAUUCGCCAUAAACAACAACAAAUCGUUUGAAGAUAUCCAUCAUUACAGGGAGCAAAUCAAGCGAGUAAAAGAUUCCGAAGACGUGCCCAUGGUACUAGUCGGCAACAAAUGUGAUUUGCCCUCCAGGACUGUAGAUACCAAGCAGGCUCAGGAUUUAGCAAGAAGUUACGGGAUCCCUUUCAUCGAAACCUCUGCAAAAACACGACAGGGUGUGGAUGAUGCUUUUUACACAUUAGUUCGGGAGAUCCGGAAGCACAAAGAGAAGAUGAGCAAAAACGGCAAAAAGAAGAAAAAGAAGUCCAAGACGAAAUGUAUAAUCAUGUAAAACAAAUUCAAAAUACUGUCAAUCCUUUAUCCGUCAAGGGUCCUUCGGUUAAACCCGACUCGUUUUUUUCUACCGUUCACACUAAAUUAUUAGAACAAAACAUUUUUAACAUCACUUUUUCCUUCCAUCGCGUUGUUUCCUGAACCUGCCAACCGUAGUUCCCCCACGGCUUAUUUUCCUCACGGUGGAACAUCCCGGAAAGCUGGUUCUUCAACUUCUCCACGCUUGUGAAACACAAACCGACAGAUCCUCCUGAAAGUUCUUCUUCCAAGUCUCUUGGCGCACGCAGAAUCUUCUAAUUGUCUUCUGGCUUGUUUUGUUUUGUUUUGCUUCCCACCCCCGCCCCCCGAAAGUUGAGACUUUUCCGCACUUUUGAGGACCAGCCUUAGAGCUACAUGAGAGGUUGGAACGUCAACUGUGGUAGCAAAUAAAUAUUGUUUUCCUUCUCUAGGGCUCAGUUUUAUGCAUGAUGUUCCUUGCUCCAGGGGUAGGAAGGAGGAACUGAUUUUCAUCUCAUCUGUGACAGCAUUUUUACCAUUCCAGGUAGACUAUAAUGUUCCACUGAAGUUUAGUGUCAGGGUUCCAAUGGAUACCCUAAUUAAAUCAUGAGCCUCGCUCGUUCCCAAAUGAAGCCAUAUCUGACUCCACGUAAUUUAUGACCCUAUUUCCCCCCCUCCCCCCAGGGUGUGUCAUCAAUCACCCCCCAGAGUGUGUCAUCAAUCACAUUCACCAACGGAGCGAUUUCGCGGGUUGUAGAGAUCACUCCCCUCCGGCCGCUGUGGGUAACCCUGGGAGACAGCCUUGAGAAAGAUAUGUCUGGAAUGUGCUUUUGUUUUUGGCUGCCGUGCUGCUUCGUCGGUUUCCCAUCCUCCUUGCGUAUGGCAAUUUGAGAUGCUUUGCGAGUCGACAUUUAGAUCACCUCAAUCCCAUUUGGUGUGUCCCCCCCCCCACAUCUUCUGAAAUUGCGUCCCUGAAAUGUGACAAGACUUUUCCAAAAGAAGAGAGUAUUUGUAGCUCAGGGUCAAAUUCUGGAGUCCUGGGUUCUCUCUUGAGCUUGGUUGUUUACUUGGAGACUUUUAAUGACCCAUCUAGGUUACAUCAUCAGUACUACCGGUAGAAGGGAAUAGACUUUACUCUCAUUUUAAAUGCAAUAGCUUGCCUUAUUGGUAUUGGUGAGGGGUGUUUUCUCCUUAAUAGUUCUCUGAUUAGACUUACUUCCUCCAACAUUGACAGAACUAGCUACUAAAUAUAAACUUCUAACUUAUGCUGUAUAUAAACAGAGAGUGAACCCCACUCCCUUCUAGCACUGAUAGCAUUACCUAGUCUGGGAACAAAAUGUUUGCAAGUAAACAACUAAGCUCAGAGCACCAAGGACUCCACGGUCUUUCCACAAACAGAAGUAGAGUUUCCUACCAAAGGUAAGUGUAAAAGAGGCGUGUAAGUCAGAGGCAAGAAUUAAUCCAUCUCAAACCCCAAACAACCACCUCCACAGGCAUUGGCUAGAAGACACAAUGACGACAUGCACUAUGCAUCGUUGCAUAAUUAGCGCCUUGCGUGAAAGUGUCUUGAGGUUCAUGAUCUUACAACCCCAUAGUCUCUACCAACUAUAGGUAGUCCUCAAUUUACAACUGUAAUUGAUCUUGGAAUUACAGGUGCAAACCACCCCGGUCUUUAAGUGGGUUAUAACAUCGUGGUUAUUAAGUGUACCCAUUGUACCCAGUGAGUGGGGUUUUUUUGUUGUUGUUGUUUUGCCAGAAACGAAGUAAAUGGUUUGCGGGGUUUUUUUUUAAAAAAGUAAAUCUGGAUUUCAUGACUGCAGGACACAGCAAGUGGCCAGAGAUGGAGGGUGACUCCCAAAUGCCCAAAAUGGGAUUACGUGACCUCAGGGUGGGGGCCGGUUAGAACUUCAAAUGCUUGUUAAAUAAUGAGAAUAUUUGUAGCUCAGGGUUGAAUCAUGGGAGUCCUUGGUGUUGUCUGAGAUUAGUGGUUUUCAUGGAGACAUUUCAUUACCCAACUAGGUAACAUCAUCAGUGCUAGAAGGGCUUGCUCUCCAUUUAUGUAUGAGUGAUUUUUCCUGUUGGUGUUGGGUGUUGUUUUCAUCUUGGGAACAACUUUCCUCUUUCUCCCACCAACAUAGAGAAAUACACACACUCCUUUGUAGCACUGAUGAUGUUACCUAAGUUGGUAAUGAAACGUCUGGAAGAAAACCAUCAAGCCCAGAGAGCACCAAGACCCCACAACCAGUCUUAACUCAAGGACUAACUGUAUCUGUUCCCUAAGACCACAUAUACUGUGAAAAUCCCAUCCCUACGACUCGCGUGCUGUUCCAACCACAACUCUUUCCAACCUUCUAAAAUACAGGAAAUUGGAAAAGUGCAUCUCCUUCCAUAGUCCAGUAUCUACCAAGACUGUCGAAUGGAAGGGCAUAGGGUACCAGGAGAAAGAGCAAUGUGAUUUACGUUCACGCAAGGCACAUAACCAGUGAUGGGAUUCAGCCGGUUUGGGUGAACCGGUGGUUAAAUUGCUGGCUGGCUCCUCCCCACCCCUUCCAGGAGUCCCCACAUGCCCCGUUUUGGCUCCCAGGAGGUUGCAGGGAGGCCUACUAGGUCCAAAAUGGGGUGCCGGGGAGGUGCAGUGUGCACCCCCCCCCCUCGUGGCCCAUUUUUGCUCUCAGGAGGCUGCAGGGAGGCCUACUAGGCCCAAAACGGGGCCGCUCCCCCCCCGCAGCCCAUUUUGGCUCCCAGGGGGUACAGGAUGCUGAGUGCUGCCUGUCACACCCUCUGGCCACGCCCACCCAGUGUUUGUGGCUGAAUCUCUUGGGCCUAUUUUGCCUCAUCUGGGCACUGUAGUACAGGGGUCUCCAACCUUGGUCCCUUUAAGACUUGUGGACUUCAACUCCCAGAGUUCUCUGGGAGGACUCUGGGAGUUGAAGUCCACAAAUCUUAAAGGGACCAAGAUUGGAGACCCCUGCUUUAGUACACUGUGAACCACAAACUCUUGUGAUGAUCAAGGGAUGAAUGUGAAUGUGUCCAUGUGUUUGGGAGGACAUUUUUGAAGUCUGGCAUUUGUAAGAUCAUGGUAGUUUCCCCGGGCAAGGCCAUCUAAAUAAAAUGGAGCAAAAACUUUGAGGUGUAAGUGUAAGGGUUUAAGCUAGGGGUGCGGGAACUAUGGUCCUUUUAUGACCUGUGGACUUCAAAUCCCAGAAUUCCUGAGCCCGCAUGGGAUGCUGGGAUUUGAAGUCCACAGGUCAUAAAAGGGCCAUAGUUCCCCUACCCCUGGCUUAAACGCAUUGUUUCUCAACCUUGGCAGCUUGAAGAUGCCUGGACUUCAACUCCCAGAAUUCCCCAGGAGGUUGCCAAGGUUGAUGGUCCACAAUCCCAGCAUACAGGCUGUCUUCCACUUAACAACUUUUCAUUCAGUGACCGUUUGAAAUUACAACAGCCUUGAAAAAAGUUGACUUAUAACAAUUUUUCACAUGACCGUUGCAGCAUCCCCCAUGGUCACAUGAUCAAAAUUUGGACGUUUGGCAACGCGCAUAUAUUUAUGACCGUCGCCACGUCCCAGGGUCAUGUAAAUCACCUCCUGCGAAGCAAAGUCAAUGGGGCAGCCGGAUUCACUUAACAACCGCAUUAUUGUUUUAACGGCUGCAGCGAUUCACUUAGCAACUGAGGCAAGAAAGGCGACACGGGGCAAAACUCAACAACUGCCUCGCUUAGUAUCCCAAAUUUUGGGCUCGAUUAUGGUCGUAAAUCGAGGACUACCUGGAAUUUAGGAGGAAAUAAGCACAGAGCAGUUGGAUCCCAGCUGAAUGCAGCUUGCAGAUAUCCAGAGUUAGUUAAGGGAACCAAAUACGAUUUAGAUAUUUAUAACAAGAUUCAUUUUUUUCAGUUGUGGGAAAGAGGAGGCUGCUAAGAUAAUACCAGGCAAGUUGAAACUCCCUAUGAGGUUUCAUGGAUCAAAAUGGAUCCCGAAUUUUCAGAGAAAUGGGUUACUCAGUUAUCUCUCAGUUUGGUCUGUCCUUUAAAAAUCAAGUCUUCCUAAAAGGAACUGAUCAGCCCCAAAGAUUCUUGAUUCUUGCCUCACAAUCCACAUGUUUUAGUCUCCAGUCCCCUGGUUACUCUUCUCUGCACUCUUUCUCGAGUCUCAACAUCUUUUUUUUUAAUAGUGUGAUGACCAAAACUGGAUGCAGCAUUCUAGGUGUGGUCUUACUGGUGGAAACCCGUUUCAUUUGCUCCAUCUGUUUUUAUUCCUGUUCACGUAAUUUUGAACUUUGGACUGAGAACAUUGCCAGUGGCUGAGUUUCAAAGCCAAUGUAAGAUUAAUGGUUGGCUAAUUUAUCUAUUAGUGGCUCAGGAGCUAGGACGUUGAGCUUGUCGAUGGAAAGGUCGGCAGCUCAGCGGUUCGAAUCCCUAGUGCUGCCAUGUAACGGGAUGAGCUCUCAUUACUUGUCCCAACUUCUGCCAACCUAGCAGUUUCGAAAGCACGUAAAAAUGCAAGUAGAAAAAAUAGGGACCACCUUUGGUGGGAAGGUAACGGUGUUCCGUGCGCCUUUGGCGUUGAGUCAUGCCGGUCACAUGACCACGGAGACGUCUUUGGACAGUGCUGGCUCUUCGGCUUUGAAACAGAGAUGAGCAGCGCCCCCUAGAGUUGGCAACGACUAGCACGUAUGUGCAAGGGGAACCUUUACCUUUAAUUUAUCAAUGUGCUCAAGGUGAUCUAUUUAUAUGGAUGUCCUUUACCUGCUCCAAAGCACUUACUUCAGAAUUGACUCUGAAGCGUUGCGCAGACCUAUUGCUGAUGAUUUUUUGUAUUGUUGUGGACAGGCGUUUUGGGAAUCCCUCGUUCUAUCACCUGUGCUGUGGGAAUGAGGUCAGCCUAAAGCUAUUUCAGAUAAGGCGGGUGUGGCCUUCUACAGGAGCUGUGUGGAAAUAACCUGGUUUUGAACCGGUUCUGGCAGGCAGAUGUUUUGAUUAGUCAGCCCUGCAAAGAUGCACAUACAGGUAAAAUAAGAGUCCCACAGAUCUGACUGCGUUCAGGUGUUGUAUUCUUAUUAGCCUGGCGACAAAUUAUUCUAGUUCAUGCAACAUCUUCCUGGUCUUAAUGCAACCAUAGAGAUGAAUUCUGGAAACUUUUGGUGCCAUUUAAGCUGCUGUUUCUUAAAAUAUUGGAAGCGCAGGCAACCUUAUUGGUUAAAUGCAUGUGAAGUCACUGUAACAAAAAAUUUGUUUUCCAGGUAGCUGAUGUGAACGCCUUAUGCUUUAUUUUAACCCCACCUUAAAACUACUCUAUGUAAUAAUAAUAACAACAACAGAGUUGGAAGGGAUCUUGGAGGCCUUCUAGUCCAACCCCCUGCCCAGGCAGAAAACCCUACACCAUCUCAGACAGAUGGUUAUCCAAGAUUUUCUUAAAAAUUUCCAGUGUUGGAGCAUUGACAAUUUCUGCAGGCAAGUCGUUCCACUUAUUAAUUGUUCUAACUGUCAGGAAAUUUCUCCUUAGUUCUAAGUUGCUUCUCUCCUUGAUCAGUUUCCACCCAUUGCUUCUUGUUCUACCCUCAGGUGCUUUGGAGAAUAGCUUGACUCCUUCUUCUUUGUGGCAGCCCCUGAGAUAUUGGAACACUGCUAUCAUGUCUCCCCUAGUCCUUCUUUUUAUUAAACUAGACAUACCCAGUUCCUGCAACCGUUCUUCAUAUGUUUUAGCCUCCAGUCCCCUAAUCAUCUUUGUUGCUCUUCUCUGCACUCUUUCUAGAGUCUCAGCAUCUUUUUUAUGUUUAAUGCGGGAAAUUUAACACACACUCCCACUUAAAAGUAUCCCUGAAUUAAACAGAUUCUGAAUCCUUUCUAUUUUGGCCCUUAUUCUCAAUGGAGCACCAAAUCUGUGUGUCAGGUUUGCAUUAGCAGGAGACCCAGUAUCCAAAUGCAGUUUGUACUUUAAACUGUGCCUAGUUUUAACUCUAUUGUUGCACACAAUUUUGAAAUGGUGGUUACGACGACUUACAAGGCAUUCUUUCUCAAUGGGUGAAAAUAUGCAGGAAAACUCACUGAGUGGUGAGUUUACUAUUUCCAAAGCCGGUGUGGAAAAAUGCAAGCUAUGCAGCAAACUUUGGCAGAUUCAUUUCUGCUGUUUUACAUUUGCAUCUGUAGCAUCUGUAGCACAGGUACAGUUAGUCCUUGACUUAACAACCAUUCGUUUAGUGAACAUUCAAAGUUACUGGAGAAAAGCGGCAUGACCAGUUUUCAUACUUAUGACUACGGUAACAUCCCCAUGGUCAUGUGAUCAAAACUGGGAUGCUUGGCAACUGGUUCAUAUUUAUGACCAUUGGAGUGCCCGGGUGUCAUGUGAUCAUCUUUUGUGACUUGACCAGCAAAUCGAUGGGGAAGCCAGAUUCACUUAACAACCAUCUUACUCACUUCAACAACUGCCGUGAUUCACUUAGCAACUGUGGCAAGAAAGGUCGUAAAAAAAUGCAAAAUUCACUUCACUGUCUCGCUUAGCAACAGAAAUGUUGGGCUCAGUUGUUAGUCGAGGACUAACUGGACAGCAAUACUAACUUAGAGGGAGCUGUAAUAAUUUACAGAAAGGGUUUAGCGCAGGGGUCUGCAAACUUGGCUCUUUUAAGACUUGUGGACUUCAGCUCCCAGAGUUCCUCAGCCAGCAAAGCUGUCAUAAUUAACAGCUUUGCUGGCUGAGGAACUCUGGGAGUUGAAGUCCACAAGUCUUAAAAAGAGCCAAGUUUGCAGACCCGUGGUUUAGUGCAAUGUUUCCCAAUUUUAGCCACAUUAAAAUGCGUCAACUUCAACUCCCAGUAUUCCCCAGCCAGUGUAGCUACCUGAGGAAUUCUGGGAGUUGAAGUCCACAUAUGGAUUUGUUGGAGCAAUAUAGGUUUACUGGAAGGAAUGUAUAUCUGGAGAUAAAUUUCUAAAUCUAAUGCGGUAGCAAGUUUCACGUUGAUUUCAUUCUAAAAGACAAUAUUGCUUUCAGUCUUUGCUAAGCCUCUCCUAAACCUGCUUAACCUUAAUAAUUCCAUUCUAUUGUUGUGAUUUCCUUUUGCAGACUAAAUCUGUGUUUCACCUGCCCCUCCUGAUCUCAAAUGCCAAAUUUCUUACUAGGACUAUUUCUGAAAGCGGCAGUGUGUUUACCUAGUAUAUAUUUUAACUAUUUUUGUAUAGUAUAUAAACUAAAACAGGUGUUUUGUACAUUGUGCUUUUUUCUGUUGUUGUUUGGAGGCAGGACAAUUGAACGAUGUUAAGGGUUUUUUGCCUUAGUUUUAUUUUGGCCACCUGACCUCAGGAUGUUGCUCCCUGGCGUUUGAAGGACAACCACCGUUCACUUUGCAAAAGAUCUACUAGCUGCACGUGCUGUGAAAAUGCUAUGAAAACUACACAUCAACAACAAUAUUGCUGUCACUGUACUUAAUAAAAAGGAAAAGAGUU